AUGUUGUAUCAAUUUCAACACAGGCUGUUCCAACACGAUCACAUCUCAUUGUCGCAAUUGCCUCUUAUUCUGCCAAUUUUCUCGCCUCCUCAAGUGGCGUUUCCAAUUAUAUAUUUCUGCCGACUGCAUCAUUUCAACCACCAUACGGAUCGCUAUCGCAUCAAUUUUCUCUGUCGCAUUUUCACGCCCACGCAGCUAGGCCAUGGCUUACCCUUCGAUCGGCACCAAUAUUCUACCACUACUUUCCUGAUCACGGGUCCGAGGCUAAGACACUUCGAGCUGAGCUGCGACUUCGAAUUUCUAGGCGGAGGUUAAUCCGACCUCCAAUACAGCAUGACGUCUCAACAUCCUGACUUCGACGAGUUCUACGACGAUCAAGUGGCAGCUCAUCGACAGCUCUUUCCACAACAGAAUCCUUGGGAUCGCAUCACCCAACCGAGUGUCCUAAUCUCUUGUCUCAUCGUUGUCGUCACUAUCACAUACAACUUAUAUGCUUCAACCACCACCUUUCAAGAAUCAAUACAGCUUUUGGGAACCAGUCUUUGGGACGGUCUUGUAUUCAUUGUCCCUGAGAGCCUCCUGAAUGCCUUGGAUACACCCGACAAUUCCACUACAAUCGCAACCUCCGAGUCAAUGAGUCUCGUCGAACGAAGCCACCAUGCCGUCAAAAGCGACAAGAUGCGGAGGGUCUUGGGGCUGACUCGUCCCGGCGGCGUCAUGUCCUCAGUCUUUGAAGUUAGAAACCGCGCCCUCUCCAUGACCGGCAGCGUUUUGGGCUUGAAGACCGAAUCCGAUCGUCCACCAGGUCUUGGCAAUAUGGACAACUCAUGCUACCAGAAUAGCAUCCUCCAAGGACUUUCAUCACUCAAACCUCUACCUGAAUACCUCUCCACUUAUCUUGAGGCAUCGAAUAAAAGUGGCGAUCAAGACGUUGCGCAAACAUUACGGACCCUGAUCGCCGACCUGAACGACGUUUCGAAUUAUGGACGCACGUUAUGGACUCCAAGUCUGCUCAAGUCUAUGAGCACAUGGACUCAACAGGAUGCUCAAGAAUACUACUCUAAAUUGUUAGACGAUAUCGAUAAGAGUGUCGCAAAGGCUAUCAAGAACGCGCAGCCUCAACAUCCCGGUCUGGCCUUUAAGAUUGAUAAGGACGACGCUGCUGUAAGUGAGCAUAGCGACGACAGUGGUUAUCAAAGCGUAAUAACUGCACCCGAGAUCAAGUCGGGUCACAAUCCGUUGGAGGGUAUGCUCGCACAAAGAGUGGCCUGUGUUCAGUGUGAACAUUCCGAGGGGUUAUCCAUGAUACCUUUCACAUGCUUGACACUGAGUCUUGGUUUGAACAAGAAUCAGCAUGACCUGUAUGAAAGGCUGGACGCUUACAGCAAAGUGGAAGCGAUCGAGAACGUCGAGUGUGCCAAGUGUACCCUUCUGAAGCAUGAAGACCUUUUGUCUAAGUUGGUAGACAGGAUGCGACACAACGGGACGCCAGACGAGCAGCUCCAAAAAGCUCUGCGCCGACUUGAGGCAGUGAAGCUAGCUUUGGAAGAAGAUGAUUUUGAGGAAAAAACUCUGACGGAAAAGUGCAGCAUUUCGACUAAUAACAAAGUCAGCUCUACGAAGACCAAGCAGAUUGUUAUUUCUCGAGCGCCAAAAAGCUUGGCAAUCCACAUGCAACGAUCGGUGUUUGAUCCUUCUACUUUCAACAUGAUGAAGAACUCGGCUCCAGUCAACUUUCCCAUGACACUGGAUCUUGGCCCGUGGUGUUUGGGUAGUGCCCCCAAUUCCUCAACCCAGGCAUCGAGCGCAGAGGAGAAAUGGGACGGGGACCCUCGAGAAUCAAUGAUAGCUGGCGACCAAGGCUCAUCCAAAUUUACGGGACCUAUCUAUGAGCUUCGAGCAGUGGUGACACACUAUGGGCGGCACGAGAACGGGCACUACAUCUGUUAUCGCAGAUAUCCACGACAUAGCCCGCCUGUCAAAACAGUUGACGAUGAGGAACCUGAUAGCAAGGUGGAUAUUCGGCCUGAGCUCGAAUCAAAGAAUCAAGAGAACGACAUCGAUGAACCUGAGAUGGACUGGUGGAGGCUGAGCGAUCACAACGUCUCAAAGGUUAGCGAGGAUGUAGUGCUUAGCCUUUCCCCCGGCGUCUUUAUGCUCUUUUACGACUGUGUGGACUCUACGAUGGCUAUGAACAAUCAAGACGAAAGUAUGCAAGAUGCAAACGAGGUUGCAGAUCUUGGUGCCGCAACCGGGCUGGCCAGUGCGACGGACAACACGGCUCAAAUAACCCAGGGGCACGAAACUCAAGCGUCCAAUGGCAAGCCAGAGGAGGCAUCGAAUUUGGAAGAAGACGCCACGUCAUGCAUCGCAAAUGAUCAGGCUGCCGUUGAAACGACAACGCGCGGCUCUAAUCUGAUCACCAAUACAGCUCCAUUGGUUCAUGUUGCGCCAUAAUGCAUUGUAAAGCUGAAGGAUGGAAUUUGGAAAGGAAGAGGCGGUGCAUGAGUAGACAAGGCUUCAAGUCUCGGCGCGCAACAAGCGAAGAGCAGACACGCUUGGUGUCAUUUAUGGGUUUUAUUCAAAAGCAUAGCGAUGGCGUUGAAGAACCAGUUAACAAUGGUUGGCAUACCUGUUUAUUGUAAGAAGGGUCUGGGAUAGAGAGAGAAAGCGGUUCAAAGGGCAUGUUGUAUUGAAGUUAGUUAGGUUAUUAUAAGGGUUGAUACCAAUGGUGGUACUCUGUGCACGGGAUUAUAAUGCAUAGACAGGUUUCUCGGCGCAGCAAACCCAUCGUUGUCACAAGCCAGAAUUGAAUUGUUAACCGAAAUUGUUGUUUCUCGCU